AAGGAGUCUGCGGGUGAUGAGGCGGAUGCAUAUGACAUCAAAGCCGCGCAUGUCAUUGCCAUUGCACAACCACUUGCAUCAAAGAAACUCAACAAGAAAGUGCUCAAGACGGUGAAGAAGGCCGCUAAGCAGAAGCACAUCAAGCGCGGUGUAAAGGAAGUCGUCAAGGCCUUGAGGAAAAAGGAGUCUUCAGCAGACAAGGCGCUUGUGGUGAUUGCAGGAGACAUUUCACCCAUCGAUGUCAUUUCACAUAUUCCUGUGCUGUGUGAGGAUCACGGCAUCAAGUAUAUCUACACGCCCGGUAAGGAGGAACUCGGUGCUGCUGGUGGUACGAAGCGCCCGACUUCUGUCAUCAUGGUGCAACUCGGUGGUAAGGCCAAAGAUGGCAAGGAGGGUGACUACAAGGAGGCCUUUGAGGAGAUUCUCAAGGAACUCGAA